UAUUUUUUUUAAUUGCAGUAACAUUGAAUUAUAACAAUAUAUAGCUUUCAGAUGUACAUCGCAGAGACUGAAUUUGUAAAAUUUGGUGUAAAUACAGACUCCAUGGUAAACAAACAAACAAACAAACAAAAACCUCUAACUGGCCCACUGGAAUCAGGUGCCUAUUCUGGGUCCAAUCAAACUGUGUGACCUUCAGAGUCACCUUGCGGCAGCCCCGGACUAGCACAGUUUGCCUGUGUUCAUUAUCCAUUUUUCUUCUGUUUAUUUUCUUGUCAAGAGCUCUCUAAACAUUAAGGCUUCUAGCCAUUUACACAAAAUAAAUGUUACAAAUAUUUUUACCAAUUUACUUGCCCCCCAAACUUCGUUUUUAUACUGAAAUUCUUUCAGUGUAGUCAAAUUUUUCAAACCUUUCCCUAUGACUGCUCCAUUUGAAAUUGUGCUUAGAAAGGCCUCCCCAUUCCCAGAAUUAUAUGGUCACGUAUAUUUUCUUCCAAUUCUUUACUUUUGGUCCUGACUGACUUCUGUCUUCCGUGUAUGAUGUAAGAGACAGAUUCCUUUUUCAUAGAGCUAACAAGUUUUCGCUGUACCACUUACUCAUCUCCACCCUUUUUAAAAUCACAUCCUACAUAGGCACUUAACAUUGCUGUUGAUUUUUAUUUACUCAUUCAUUCAAUAAUUCAUUUUGGAGAUUAUAUUGCUCCCCACUCAUCAUUAGGGAAAAAGAAUUUUCCACCAAAUCCAAGAAACAUCAUUUCGGGUGUCUGAAACUAUAAACAAUUAUAGGGGGAAAGUUUUUAGCUUUUAAAUUAAGGUACUAUCACACAACUGUUUUUAGCUGACAAUAAACAUCAAAAUACCUACAAAAUUGCUUUAACUGAGCGAUGAGCCAAAUGAAGGAGGGGAGGGAGUACCGUAUGAUUUAAUUAUCUACUAAUCAAAAAGAAAAGAAAAAUAAUAGACAAGAAACUACACGAGCACUAUCAGUUGACUUCCCCAGGCUCCUUUCAGAGAACAGUUGUCCUCUUCUUUUUUUCAAAUAGUUAUUCAAAAUUUCUGUUUUUCCCUCAGGGGACAGGAGCGCUGUUUUCACACAGAUCGUCACUCAGCGGAGGGUCUUCCACGAGGGGGCGGCGCUCGAGGGGCGCGUCGCCCCCCAGGAGGGCGGACGGCUCCACGCAGCGCCCACGCGGAACGGGCCGUGCUGACUCGGAGUCUCCUGUCCCCGCGCACGUCCGGGCCCGCGCCGGGGACGUUCGAGGACCCUCGGAGCCCUGACGGUGCCUGCGCUUCAGCUCUUAGUACUCUCAGCGAUCUCCUGCUUGCUCUUCGCCUUCCGAGUGGCCAGCUCGGCAGCCACACUGCGAAAGGGAGACGGACUGUCACCCGGGCUUCAGAGCCGACGAAGCUGUGACUCGAGGAGUCACAAAGUGCCCCGGAUCAGCUCAUCCCCGCAGACACCUCUCGCACACGGUGGCGCCUCAGGAAGCCGCGCCCAGGCGGCAAGGUGCAAUCAGAGAGGACACGGCGGCGGCCACACACACGGCGACCCCGCGCCGGGCGCUCCCGGCCUCUCGGCGGGCGUGACAGGCGGGCUCGCUGCGAGCGAGGCUGCAGAGCGAGCACCCUAGGAGUUCCGCAGGCCGCAAAGUAAACGUGUUAAGAACUAGAACGACGCCGCCAGUCAACACCUCGCAGAUGAGGCGCGGCAAAACCCUCCGCCAGGCGUAGCUCCGGACCGCCAAGCCACUCCCGGCGUCCUUUGCGCCGCGCACGGGAACGCUGUGGCGCGCGGUGGCCUCUUCGGCCGCCGUCGGGCCUGAGUUACUAUGGAAACGCGGCUGCCUUCACCAUGUCGUUGCAGCAGGCCCCUCCGUCGCGGGUGUUCGUGGAGCUGGUACCCUGGGCUGAGCGGGGCCGGGAGGACAAUCUGGUCUCCGGCGGAGAGACGCAGCCUGGCCUCCGCCGCGCCCUGCCCUCAGCACAGGCCCAGACUGCGGCCCGCGAGGUGCACGUCAGCGGCGCCGCGGAGGUGUCGGCGGGCCCCGACCGGGCGCAGGUGGCGGUGCGAGUGAGCAGCGCCAAGGAGGCGGCGGCCGAGGCCAAGAAGAGCGUUGGCCGCCGCCUGGACUACAUCACUCAGAGCCUCCAGCAGCAGGGUGUGCAGGCAGAAAAUGUAACAGUGACAAAGGAUUUUAGAAGAGUGGAAAAUGCUUAUCACAUGGAAGCAGAGGUCUGCAUUACAUUUACUGAAUUUGGAAAAAUGCAAAAUAUUUGUAACUUUCUUGUUGAAAAGCUAGAUAGCUCUGUUGUCAUCAGCCCACCCCAGUUCUAUCACACUCCAGGUUCUCUUGAGAAUCUUAGACGGCAAGCCUGUCUCGUUGCUGUUGAAAAUGCAUGGCGCAAGGCUCAAGAAGUCUGUCACCUUGUUGGCCAAACUCUAGGAAAACCUUUAUUAAUCAAAGAAGAAGAAACCAAAGAAUGGGAAGGCCAAACAGACGACCACCAGUCAUCCAGCCUCUCAAGUGCAUCAUCUGUACAACAAAAAAUCAAGAGUGCAACGCUAUAUGCUGCUUCAAAAGUAUUUAUAACUUUUGAAGUAAAGGGCAAAGAAAAGACUAAAAAACAUCUCUAAAAUUCCAACCAAAAUAUAUUGUGUUUGUAUCUUUUUGUUUAUUUUUAUACUUUUUAUAAUGUUUGCUUUUGUCCUGAAUAUUUAUAUUGUGUAGUGUUAAAGUAUUUCUCCCCAAAAUCUGUCACUCCUUGAAUACAGUGCCCACAGAGUAGUUAUGUGACUUGGUAUUUUUAAAAACUUACUAUGGGAAAUACUCUUUGGAAAUAAAAGUGUUGUGUGUGCACACUUGUAAUACUGACAAUUCCUAUAGGGGCAUGUGUAAGUGAUUUUUACGUUUCUAACUACAGGAAGAAAUAUUGACACAGUUAUUAGCAUGAUUCUUAACAUUAAUAGAAAGAAUGAUGAGCAACACAUAACUUUGAUAAAAGGGUAGUGAGGUAUACUAGGAACAUAUUUUGAUGCCAGAAGGAAAGGCGGUAUAUGGAGCAGAGCCUCCUCACCAGGGCUCCUUCGCUUAUGCCAGCACUCUCCCGUACAGAUAGAAUGCGAGCCACGUGCAUAGCUAAAAUGCCCUCGUAGACACAUGUUAAAGUAAAGAGUAAAAAAUAAAAAAAGAUACAGUUGAAACUAAUUUUAAUUAUUUAAUGCAGUAUAUCCAAAAUAUCAUUUCAGCAUGUAAUACAUAUUUUUAAAGUAACUGUUGGAUAUUUUAUAUUUUUCUUUACUGUCUUCUAAAUCCAGUGUAUUUUUUUAUCUUACAGCACAUCUCAAUUCAGAUGCUAAAUUUUCAUCAGAAAUACUUGAUCUGUAUUUAAGUUUCCUCAUGUGUAGUUGAAAAAAUAGAUUCACACGCCCAGGUGUUUCCAAACAUGCUUAAAAGAUCUACUAACUUGAUCAAGUGUCAGUUUUUAAAUUAAAAUUUUAAAAUUCAGUUCCUUGAUUGCACUACCCGCAUUUCAAGUACUCGGAAGCCGGAAGUGGCUGACAGCUGCCAUGUGGGACAGCACAGGGUUACACACCGAGAUGACACUGAUCCUUACGGCUCUCUGAGAUGUGUCACUGCUGUUGGAUACACAUUAUCUACAGGUUACCAUAUGCCAGGUCUCUUACGCAGCAUAGGCUUUCCAUUCCUUACACACAAUAGGUCCUAGGGUUUUCCCUCUGAUAUAUACACGUCAUACCAAUAUUUCUUUUUUACGACAUACACCAGUAUGUGGCUUCCCUCCCCACUCACUUAAGUGGCACUGAAACAAUUGUAGCCGUCUAUUCUGUAGUGUCCUUGGCGGGGAGGGAGUGUGGAAGCUAAAAAGAAAAGUUUUAGAAUCCAGCACCGCUCUGUUCAAAUCCUUACUUCACUGCUAGAAUGUCAGCUCCUUUCGAAUGGAGAUUUUGUCUGCUUGGCUCAUGGCCGCGUCCUCAGACCCGGCACCCUGGCAGGGCCAGCACAGAGCAGGCUCUCCAGUAACUGCUGAGCGUGUCCACCAGCUGUGUAGACUCGGCCAGGCACUUUAACCUCUUUAAGCCUCUCUCCUCACCUAGGAAAUGAGGCUAAUAAUUCUUACUUUGCAGUGUUAUUACUAUAAGGAUUAAGUUGAGAAAUAUAAGACCACAGAAUACCGCCUAGCCCACAGCAGUCACUCAGUAAAUGGUGGCUAGUGUAUCAACUGCAUUCUUUGAUUACUGUCAGCCCAAUUAAAAGUCUUUUCCAAAUCCUCCAUUAAGAUGAAUUUUUAAAUAUAUUAAAAAUAGUUAUCAGAAAACGAGUUUGGUAUGUUGAAUUUUUCUUUCCAAAAAAGGUUAAAUUUUAUCUUAGCUUUUAUUUAUCCAGUUGGGUAGAAAAGUACAAUUGGGAUUGUACAUGAAGAAAAAAA